UUCUUAUCCUCUUCACCCUUUCUCCCCAAAAACUCCAUUUCUAGCAUUACUACAUUAUACGCACGCAAAAAAAAAGAAAAAUCACUAUUUAUUUUAUCUAUUUUUCAGUGUUAGUUGUUGAGAUGAAAAGAAUACUAUUACAAUACUCAAACCCAGAAAUUUUACAUUCUUUAAUGAGUUCAUCAGAUCCAACAAUUACUUAUCAACCCAUGAACGAUUCCGUAGCUACAGCAAUCGGAAGACCGUUUAAGCUCACUGCACCUUUCGAUUCAUCAAUGGCGUUAACAAUACUCGUUCUUCUCACUGCUCUGUUUUUCAUGGGUUUUUUCUCUAUUUAUAUACGUCACUUCGCCGGAGAUACAACAACUUCCACCGGUUACGAUGAUGAUCGACGCCGGAGAAAUCCAUCUCUGUCGUCGUCUUCUUCCUCCGCACACAGGUCUUGCCGGAAAGGGUUGGACCCAUCAACGGUGCAAUCUCUACCGUUGAUUUCAUACGGUGGAGCGGCGAAGCACUUGAUCGAAGAUUGCCCAAUUUGUUUAUCAGAGUUCGAGGUGAGUGAACUCGUUCGUCUUAUUCCGUACUGUCGUCACGUGUUCCAUCAACAAUGUCUCGACACGUGGCUAUCAUCGCACGUGACUUGUCCACUCUGUCGGUCCACGCAAUUUUUCAAAAAUGUGGAUGAGGUUUGUUUGGAUGUAGUUGAUGUGGGAAAUGAAAAUGGUGUGAGUGAAAGAUCAACGGUUCAAGAGUGUGACACGUGUAGGUGUAUUAGAAGAUCAUGUAGUUCUUCAAAUUUGGGGAGUAGAGUGACAUUGCAUAGAAGUGCAAGUUUCUAAAAAAAAUAAAAUUGUAAAAUGAUUUUGUAAGUAUUAGUACUACUUUUGUACAGCACUCAAAAUUGUAAAGAUUAAUUAUUGUGAUUUAUAAGUUAUUGUGAAGU